AUGCUCGCCGCUACACGGUUCGCCUACCCAACCCUCACACAGACACGGUUAAACUCGACCGAUGAAGGCAGUCCACGAAUUCCGGUUAGAUAUGUCGAGUCUGUCAGACCACAGCAAUCCAAGUCAGAACAAAUCCGCCUGCAAAGACAUGAACGCCGACGUCAAUAUGUUAGCGAGGGCCCUGUACCGAAGACAACUUUGUACGUCGGCAACCUCUUCUUCGACGUGACCGCGGAGGAUCUGCGCAAGCACUUUGAGAAAUUUGGUGUCGUGGAGAACGCACUGAUCGUUCAUGAUGCCCGCGGGCUGAGCAAAGGUUUCGGCUACGUUACCUACAGCACCAUCGAGGAAGCUACGGAAGCAAUCACGCAACAGCAUGGAGGCAUUUUGGAAGGCCGCGAGGUGGUGGUACAGUUCUCCAACUCGACAUACAGAACCGCGCUCGACGGCAAGCCCAGCAAGACCCUCUACAUCGGCAACGUCCCCUACGAAUUGACGGACCAGGAUCUGCAAGAUUUGUUCGAUGAUGUUCCCGGUGUCACCGAUGUCCGUAUCCCUGUCGACCGUCGCACGGGCUUGCCGCGUGGAUUCGGACACAUCGACUUCGCCGACCAGACCAGCGCUUCCCACGCUAAGGAAGUCCUCUCCCGCAAGGCGCCGUACGGCCGCAAGCUGAUUGUCACCUUUGCUAAGCGCAAGGUCUUGACGCCUGAGGACCACCAGCGCCACCAGCAGAAGAGAUUGGAGAAGAUGACCUCCUACAACAAACGUCAAGGUGCUCAGGAUAAUGUCGAGUCAACCGAAGGUGUGAGAGAGGUGGGCCAAGUGCAGGAGGUUACCGAGGCGAAGGAGGCCGAGCAGGUUGUCGAGCAGACUGAGACUGAGCAGAAGCAGUAG